AAGAUGGUGCAGCAGGCACCAAGGCUAUUACUAAUUACUAUGUAUAACGUAAUCAAUCAUCGAGCGAAACAGAUCACCGAGCGAAACACCCCACCAAACUACGCGACGCGCUCAUCAACUUCAACCACCAAAAUGCCACGCAAAACAGCAGAUUCAGCAGUUCAUCAAGAGGGCCGUAUCUUGCUUGCAAUUAAAGCUUUCAAUGAUGGUCAAUUUAAAAGCAUACAGGCUGCUGCACAGGCAUAUAAUGUGCCACAUCCAACACUCUACCACCGCCUACGCGGGCGUACUGCACGCGUAGAUGCAACACCAAACAGACAAAAAGCUACACUACCA